AUGGCUCGCCAGUCCAGUAUCGAUCUAGACUCGCCCGAUCGGCCGUUCGAUAACAUCAUCAACUUCCGCGAUGUUGGCCGCACAAUUAACCAUUUCUGCGGCACAGAGGUUCUGAAAGAGGGCAUUCUCUACCGCAGUGCGAGGUACAACCAGCCCGACGAUGCCUCCGAGCGCGACAAGCGGCGUCUAGCCGAGGAACUGCACAUUGCUACGGUAAUCGAUCUACGAUCACAAACAGAGCACCAAAUGGCGACGCGCAAACGGCGCGCAGAGAUCGCCAGUGCAGGCUCACCCCCCGGCGAGAUUGACUUGACAUCUGCCCCCGUGCCUGCCGACCCAGACGAGCACAUCUGCAAGAUCCCCGACUCCCAGCGCCGGCUCAUCAGCCUAACAGGCAAAUCCUUCGAACGGGCACUCCUCAGUAAACUCGAUUGGUUCAGUUAUCUCCGCGUCAUCACCCUCGCCUUAACAGGCUACCGCCCAGACGCAAUCCGCAUAAUCGGUGAAACAGUUAUGCAACCCCGCGGCCUCACCGGCCUCGCCCAAGAUACUCUCGAAUCAAGCAUCCCCGAAUUCCGCUCCAUCUUCACAACACUAGCCACCGCCACCUCCUACCCAAUUCUCAUCCACUGCACGCAGGGCAAAGACCGCACGGGGAUAAUCAUCCUUAUGGCGCUGUUACUGGCCGGUGUGCGGAUGGACGCGGUCGCGGAUGACUAUGGCCGGUCGGAACUUGAGCUGGUGCCAGAGUUUGAGGAGCGCAUGCGUGAGAUUAGAGUGCUAGGGCUGGGCGAGGAGUACACGAGGUGUCCGCCGGAUUAUGUACCGGAGAUGAUUGGGUUUUUGGAGAGGAGGUAUGGUGGGGUUCGAGGGUAUUUGGAGAUGAUUGGGAUUGAUGCUGGGAUGCAGGAAUUGAUACGACAGAAACUUUUGGUUCAGGUUUGA